UUUCUGUUGAAGUAAACAGUUAACCGACAUUUUGUGUAUUUCAAAAAAUGGAAUUUACAAAAUCUGUGCAAAGAAGUCAAGUGCCAGUAGCUUGUCAGUUAUGUGAAUUAGAUAACAAAAUACAAUGGAAGUGUAAACAAUGUAAUUUACUUAUGUGCAACAAAUGCAAAGACAAAAUUCAUCCAAAAUUCAAAAACGCACAGGACCAUGACAUUUUCAACAUUAAAGAUGUUGGAAAAGAUCAUGGAGUUGAAGAAACUCCUGAAUUCAACAACAUUAAAUGCGAUCGACACGCAGGUCAGACAUGUUGUCUAUUUUGUAGUACCUGCCAAAACCUUGUAUGUCCGAAUUGUAUUUCUAAGGCACACAAUGGACACAAUUUCCUUGAUAUUACAGAUGCUUAUACGAAGAAGAAGGAGAAAAUUGGAAAGGUACAAAUGCAAGCCGAUAAAAAAAUACAGAAAAUAAUUGAAAUUGAGAAAGAAUUACAGCGAAUUGAGACAUCUGAAGAAUCUAAAUACAACAAAGCAAAACAAGCAAUAUCUUUGCAUAAAAUGUCUUUGAAAAUAUCGAUCGAUUUGCAUGCUAAUGUACUUGAAAACCAACUAGAUGAAAAAAGAAAUUCAAUACAAAAAGCAAUAGGGACGGAGCAAGCUCGAGCAACUGGAAUGAAAGAAAACUUGUGCCAUCAAAAGCUUCGAUGCACACGUAACAUAACUGAAUCCCAAAAUAUAGGGAAGGCUUUUGGAGAGAUGAAUGAGCUUGAAAAUACCCUACAACAAGAUUUUGAACCGUUUAAUAUGAAAUUCGAAUCAACACCGGUGUUUCUUCCACGUCGAAUAAUAACGAUUGGAGCAUUGCUGGAAAGCAACUCCGCCAAUCAACAAGAGUCGUUCGAAAUCCAGUUGAAAGUAAACAGGCAAUUCGAAACAUCACUAAAACAUAUUCACAACUUGUACAUAGGUAAGAACGCCAUAGUUUGGGUAAAUGAUCGAAUACUGGAAAAGCUGCAAAAGGUCGUCCUCAAAGAAAAUCACGUAGAAGUUAUUUCAAAUUUUGAUGUAGCUAUCAAUGACAUUGGUGGAGUAUACAUCGAUCUUAUAAUAUCAUGUGGGGAGUCGUUCUUACUAUUUUUGAAUGAGAGAACAAGACAAACGGAAAGAUCAAGAUACAUCAUUGCACCACUAUUGACAACCGCGGUUUAUACAACAGACCAGUAUGUGGUUACUGCUGGAAUGGCAUUCGAGGUUAAAAAUUAUUCAUCUUCUGGACGGCGAGUCGUAGUUAAGUUCAACCACGAAGCGACUAUUCGAAAAGACUAUGAACUAGAUGAAAAGAAUAAACCUUUAUUUGCAUAUCCAAUGGGUGUAACGUGCACCAGCAAUGAAAAUAUUUUCGUGAUGGAUUGGCUAACUGAGGACAAUGAAGGACAGAUAGUGGUCUUAGGAAAAGAAGGGGAAAUUGUCACAUAUUACAAAGGAAACCCGAGUAUUAAUAGUCCAGGAAAACCUUUUAAACCAACGUCCAUAACAAGUUCUCCGGCUGAUCUUGUCUUCAUAACGGACAUGAUCAACCAGACACUUCAUGUUUUGUCUAGCGAUGGUCGGUUACUAACACAUAUCAACACCUCUACAUACGGAAUUGUGUAUCCUGCUUGUGUUGCAUUUUCUGCAUCAGGGAAACUUUAUGUUGGCUGUGCUAGCAGUGCUGAUACCACAGAGAAAGGGAAGCUAUAUGAAUUGACAAUAUCAUGUCAAUAUAUUUAUUAAUAAGAAGUAAUUCAUGGAAGCCAUAGAUUUGUUGGACAUUUACACACGGCCAAGGCAAUGUGUAAAUGUCCAACAAAUCUAUGGCUUGCAUGAAUUAUUUCGAUUCUAAUAGAACAAAUAUGGUAAUUUAAAAACUGAAGCGAGGUAUAAAGAUUGCCGUGUGUAUGGCUGUUAUAUUUUACCCCCUGUAAGAUAAAAGCUACAAAUUUCAAAUAAAUCUAAGUCUUGCGUGAAUUAUUUCUUAAAUAUCCACUUCAAAAAAUGUGGUCAAUCCUUAUAAUUCUGAACCCAAACAUUUUUUUUUUGGCUACUAUUUACUGUCAAAUUCACAGUUGACAUGCCGUAACUAUAAUGAGUGAGCCGCCAUGUUGACUUGCUGAAAUCCACAAAGGUGCGAAUAAUGCAACAGAAUAGAAAAUGAAAAAAACCCCACCUACCUUAAAACUCCAUUUCAAUGCGAUAUUAUCCGAACUUAGGACGUACACGUAACGGAAAACCUUCAGCUUGAGAGUUUUUAUUCGUAUGACGUCAUGUUUUGACAAUACGUUAAUGCGGCAAGAUGAAAUUUCGCGGAAUUUUAUUUUAUUUUUAUUUCAUACAUUUUUUAAGCUCUUGUGCAUUAAUUAUUUUCGUUAUACAGUAGAAUAUGAAUAACGGUUCUGUAGUUUCUUUUUUCAAUUUCAAUUUGAACACAACGAAAUCAACAUAGUGUUUGCACAUAGGUUACGAUACAUGUGGAUUUACGUGAGAGGUAAAUAGUAACAGCCAUCAAUUUGGACAUCUCUAAGUCUGCGCUAAGUAUAGAUAUAUCGAGAAUUUUAUCACGCUGUUGUUUACAAAGCGAAAGAAGCACGUCAUAUUAGAAUUAGAAAUAUAUACAUGUGUAAAAUUUAUUUAUUUGUUAGAUUUACGUUUUAAUAAUUCUUAUAUGAUUUGAAUAUUAGGGAGUGGUCCAGAGGGCUUUCGGUAGUGGCUCUUGACGUUAUUUAUUUUUCGAUAGACGACGUUGACCGAACUACUUUCUGUAACCAAUGUAAACAAGAUGGCGGCGAUAAUAACACAAACCGGUUCGACGUUAAAAAUAUCUAUUUUCACUUCGCGUUCAUCGUUAAAUUAAAUAUUAAACACAAAAAAUCAUUUGAAUGAUAAUAAGAUAUUUUUGUAGGUUUUUUUUCAGAUAGCAAAUUUCAUGGAAAAAAUUUUAUUGCGUUAACCAAAAAAUAUGUUCAUGCGCCAGGCCAAUUCAAUGACACAAAUAUACAAUUUACCUGUGAUAGAUGUUACGAGUGGGAAAAUUAAAUUCCUUAUCUCCAAUUUUAAAGAUUUAUAGAAUUAAACGCAUUUUUAAAGGAAUUUAUUGGUGUAUAAACAGGACCAAGCGGGGGCGUAAAACAUGAGUUAUAAUCAUGUUUCACGCCCCCGCUUGUCAGAUUCGGGGUAUAUAAGAAUAUGCAUCUCCUUCCGUCCGUGUAUCUGUCCGUCCGUCACAUUUAUGGUUUCCAGGUGGACACGCUUUUUGAAAUUAAUUGAAAUUCUAAUGAAAUGUUUUGACUUCUAAAGACAGGCGAAGAUCAAUUUUGAUCAUUUUCAUUUUUAAUGUUCAGUGUGAUGGUACUUGAUUGUUGGAAAAAUUCCCCCAAAAAAAAUGAUUGGUUAGCGUUUUCUCAAACGGAAAACCCCUUAUUCGAAAGGAUUUAAAUGUUUAAUGGAAUGUUUUGGACCACUUAAGACAGGUUGAUUUUGUUUUUUUUUUGUCGUUUUCACUUUUACUAUUCCAAAGUUAUGGUACUUGAUUGUUGAAAAAAAACUUUUUUGUUUUGUUUCCGGACAAUAAAUUGAGAACACAUUUAUCUAAUUGAUUGAAAAAUUAAAUGAAAUUUGUUUGACAACUUAUAACAGAUUAACUCUGAUUUGCGUCGUUUUAACUUUUACAAUUACCGAGUUAUGGUUAAUUAUUGUUGGAAAAAAUCAAAAAGUUGUUUUCUGGAAGAUAAAUGGAGAACGAUGUAUUGAAAUUAAUUGAAAUUUUGAUAGCAUGUUUCGAACCACAAAACAGAAGCAUCUUUCACAAAUUGUGUAACAUUCAACUAGAGUUUUACCAUUUUAUUAAAUGAACUUACGUGUUAAUUCCUUUCAAAAUGGAAAUAAAAUACGUGCGGUUUGUUUUAUUUGUUUGUUUGUACAUCAGCAAUCAGGUGAUAACCUGCCUUGAACUUAUCAGAAGAAAUAUUAUUCAUGUCUUUACCAGAAAAACUUGAAAUGUAUUCCUAAUAUUAACAUAGAAAUGUUUAAAGGUUUUGAUCUCAUACGAGAUGAUAUUGAAUUUGAUCUUAGCACUGAAAAUAUAUACGAUUAACCUUUAUUUUGUAAUCCAAAUGUGUUGUAUGGUAGACAACUGUUAUAUGGUAUGAUUUUAUAAAUGCUGGAUUUUUUCAGGUAAAAGAUAUAUGUGUAGGACUCAAAUCUAUGGUGGGUUCCAAAUCUAUGCCAGAUUCCUUAUCUAUGGCAAAUGUGACGUUACAAACGUCAAACAAAUCAAAUCUAUGGCAGAUUUUUGUUUUCUCUAAAUCUAUGGCAGAUCUUGUAAUUGCGUAAUUUUCCGGGAACAAGAGUACCAUAUAAAGCCACAAUUGAAUAACGCCAUAUUUGAAUUUUCAGCUCGGUAUUUUUGUGAUUUUACUUUUUACAUCGUCGCCGCCGCAAACAAUGGCGAAACCCAUAAAUUUGAACAUUCAAGAUGAAGGUAUUUCCCUCUACAACAAUUUGCGGAUUGUUUAAAAGAAGAUGUGACCUAUUAUCCGGAAGAGAGUGCUGUACCAGCCUAAUCCCGAUAUGAAUAAGCGCACCGCUGUUUUCACUACCGGAUAAGAGUUACACGCAUAGUAAAUAUUUUACCAUCUACAGCUGGAAAAAUUUAUAAGGUGAAAGAUAAAAUUACUGGAUACCAAUUGGAUUUAAAUCGUCAUCAAAUAAAAAAGAUGUACUAAGGAUGAAAUAAAUAUUAUGUAUACCGGUACACUUACAUAAUGGAGAAGACUUCAUAAGUAUGAUUUACUUGUGUCUAAUUAAUUUUGCUUUAAUUCAGCAAAUAAAACAUGUUUAAACAUUAAACUUAUAUUGUGUGAAAACUCAAACUGUUCAUUUUUUUUUUUAUUUAAAAAAAAUCUGCUUUCUUGUUUGUUAAGGGACUCACUUGUUGGUUUAAUAAAUGGGUUAAACAGGUACCAUGCACAGAUUAGAAAAUGCUUAUUUUACGGGGCACAUCAUUUCAAUCUUGAAGUCUGUAUUAAGUAUUUGAAGUCUGUAUUAAGGUAUAUGAAUUCAUCAUUUACGAAAUUUUUUGGUUGCCAUCACGAUUUGGUUGACUAUUAUGGAAUGUUUAUUUCACAUAUGUUUAAAGACAUUUCCACUUAAGACAAGUCAUUGAUUGUAUAUGUACUGCAUUGUUUUCCAUUUACACAAAUCUGCCAUAGAUUUGGAAAUAACAAAAAUCGGCCAUAGAUUAGGAAAUGACAAAACUAGCCAUAGAUUAGGAUUAUAAAAAAUCUGCCAUAGAUUUGGGAUGGCAUGAUGUCAUCUUUACCAUAGAUUUGGAAUCUGCCAUAGAUCUGGAACCCACCAUAGAUUUGAAUCCUACAUAUGUAAUGAAGUUGUAGAGGGCUUUUAACCAGAAAUGGCUAUAGUUGAGAUGAUCCAAAAUGUUGCUAAUCAUUGUGAUAUAACAAUAUUGUAAAAAGGAUAUAAUCUUUUCAAAUUAAUAUUGCCUAAAGAAUGAACUGAAACUAUUCAUCAAAAUGUUCAUAGGAGAAAUGUAUCUCGUUCUAUAAAUAUUACUGUUUUUUUAAAACAAAUUAUCAGAGUUAUCUAUGUGUUCUACAAAAGAAUUAUAUUUAUUACUUACUUGUAAACUUUGUCAGUAUCCUGUUUGCUAAAAAAGUGGACGGAAGUUUUUGAGAUUGAAGAUCAUGAUCUUUUUUAAGUGUGGAACAAUGACAAUUUUUACUGGAAACCAUCUAUAUAAAUAGAUUUAGAUUUCAAAAUAGCACAGCAUUGUAUUUUUACUGAUAGUAAAUUGAUGACUAUGAAACUUAUCAAUUACAAUGUAUGUGAUGAAUGUGAAAAGGAAGUAGAAACUAUCACUCAUUUAUUUUAUACAUCCCGUCAUUGUGGUAUGAUAAAUUUUUGUAUUCUUGUCUUUCGUAUUGCUAAUGUGCUUUGUCUACAUGUAUAUGACUUUUUGUUUUUAUACGCCCGUAUUAUGGUAUACAAAUGUCGUCUGUCCGUCUGUCCGGCGUAAACAUGUCGCACCGUAUCCAAAUUUCAUGAAACUUAACAUAGUUGUUUCUUAUGAUGGUCAAACGAUCUAUAUACUAUACCUGUAUCUGAAAAUAAGAUUAAAACUUUUUGAGUUACGGGACUUAGUAACUAAAACAGGAGUGUGUGUUUUUUUCACAUGUCGCGCCGUAUCUCAAAAAAGAUUUAUGAUUAUUGCUCAAAACUUUACACACUUCUUAGUUAUAUUAAUCUUAAGAUUUGUAUACUUUUUGGUGAUGAUUCAAAAUUUCAUUUUUGAGUUAUUGAGUAUUUUGUAAAAAAAGGGGGAGGGUUUUUCACAUGUCGCGCCGUAUCUCAAAAAACGAUUUAUGAUUAUUGCUUAAGAUUUUACACACUUCUCAGUUAUAUUAAUCUAAAGAUCUCUAUACUUUUUGGUGAUGAUUUAAAAUUUUAUUUUUGAGUUAUUGAGUAUUUUGUAAAAAAAGGGGGAGGGGUUUUUCACAUGUCGCGCCGUAUCUCAAAAACGAUUUAUGAUUAUUGCUUAAAAUUUUACACACUUUUUAGUUAUACUAAUUUAAAGAUCUGUAUACUUUUUGGUUUUGAUUCAAAAUUUUAUUUUAGAGAUAUUGAGUUUUUUGUAAAAAAAAAGGGGGGGGGGGGUUCGCAUGUUGCGCCGUAUGUCAGAAACUAUUUAUGAUUAUUGCAUAAAAAUUCACACACAAGACGACGGGCGUAUCAUGCGCUCAUGGCGCAGCUGUUUAUUCUUUGUUGACAAAUUUGUUUGUUUUAUAUUUAUUUAGAUUAUAACAAACACAAUGUUGACUGCUGUACCCCUAUUUUUGACAUUUUUACCCAUUAUGUCUAUUUGUUUUGUUCACACAUCGUUGUCAAUAUAAUGGAAUUGUAUGCGACUGUCAUACAAGUGAGAGGUUUAGCUAGCUAUAAAACCAGGUUUAAUCCACCAUUUUUCUACAUAAGAAAAUGCCUGUACCAAGUCAGGAAUAUGACAGUUGUUAUCCAUUCGUUUGAUGUGUUUGAGCUUUUGAUUUUGUCAUUUGCUUAGGGACUUUCCGUUUAGAAUUUUCCUCGGAGUUCGGUAUUUUUGUUAUUUUACUUUUUUAAUACGUUUGUGUAACGAAAGUUUUUAGUUUUAUUUGAUAAUGUUGACUCUGAUAAUAUUACAGUAGUGUAUGAAGAAAUAUUCAUGUUUGGUUUAAUUGGAUCUUUCAAAGGUUUAAAUGUCAGAGUUUUGUCAAUUUUAUGUUAUCUAUAUAGCGAGAUAUUGUAUCUUCAGAAGAAGGAAUUUACUUAAAAAUAUAAACAGUAAUGUUGAUCUUAUCAGACUAUUUAAAUACACUCUAAAACAUUAUAUAACUUACCUGUAUGAAUAUUUGUGUGGUGUAAGAUGCAUGAGAAAUGUUUUUGAAAAACACUUUUUAAAGUACAAUAUACUUGUGCAAGAGACUGAAGGUGUCAAUGCAUUCAAAUUAUGAUUAUUGUUCUUAUUUUAUAUGGCAUUAUACUUUUAAGCAUUGUUUUGUGAAUAUUCUUGUGUAAUAUGUAAUAUAAUUAUUGUAUAUAAAUGUUGAAUACUUG